UACGAACCCUAAACAAUGGCCUCUCCAGACAAACCCAUAAACACAGACGUCCCAGAAAAAAACGCUUUUGCCCUCCACUUCCUCCAAACCCUCUCAAAUCUCAGAACACAAAACCCUUUCAAUUCUCCUAACAAAACAAACGAUCGUGUGACGAAGAUAAAGAAAGCUGCGUACGUAUCCAUGGCCAGAGCAGCCGGAGGGACUAAUCGGCUGUGGAGCAGAGCCCUCUUGCGCCGAGCCGCCAAAGAAGACAACAAGAUCGUAAGAUUGAGGAAGAAGAGAGUGACGUGGCAGAGAAGGAGAAGGAACCAGAGAGCUCCGGAGGUGGAGAGGCUGAGGAAGCUUGUUCCGGGAGGCGGAGGAAUGGAGACGUCAAAGCUGAUGGAAGAGACGGCUCAUUACAUCAAGUGCCUUUGUAUGCAGGUCAAAGUCAUGCAGUGUCUCGUUGAUGGCUUAUCUCCGAAAUGAUCAUCAAUACAUCAUCAUCAUCAUUGAUGCAUAUAGAGAUAUACGACAUACAUAGUAUUGGAAGAAUGGGGUGAUCAUGUCCCAUAUAUACAUAUGUGUAUAUAUUAUUAUAUGUAUACAUACGUGUAAGAUAGGAUACAUAUAUGAAAUGUGUGGAUAUGUAUGAGCCGAUAAGUAAAGAAAGAUUUUUUCUUUUUCUUUUCUUUUCUUGAAAUUUUGAAACUAUUGGAAUUUUAUAUUUAAUUGUCAUGCCGGUUUAAGUUGGUAUUGCUUUGUGUAUAAUUUUUUUUAUAAACAUUAGGG